GUCGAGGUGCAUGAGAUUUCGACCGCCUUCCUCAGUGACCAGGGUUAGAAAUCCUUCAUCUGUGAAUCUGCAGCAGUGGGCCAGACCCAGAGUGAAGAGAAUCUGUGUUACAUCAAAACCAACACAGCUGAAGACUUUCAGCACAGAUUCCUGCUUUGACUUUUGCUCCUGUAGGUGAAAAUAAACCCCCUGCAGUGUUCAGGAUGCGUGUGAUCUCACCGAUCCUUUUAGCCUUUGUGGCUCUUUCGCUGCUCCCAUCCAUCGAGUCAAAGAGACCAGGGAAGGGCAGAGGAUUUAAAAGUGGGAGGCAGAAACUUACACGCGAAAGGUCAAGGAUGAAGGCUCUGCGGCGUCAGAGCAGAUCAGGCCUUUCUGGGGUUGUGAUACCAAACUGCUCAGAGAUGACUCAGUCUGGAGAAGUCUAUCUGGAUUGUCAGGACCAAAGUCUCACCUCUAUCCCCAGCUCAAGCACCUGGUCCAGAGUACCUAACCACCUCCUUCUGGCCCGCAACCAAAUUAAGGCGCUCCGCAGUGGAUCCUUCCUUGGAUAUGAACGUUUAUCCAGUCUGGAUCUUCAACAGAAUCAGAUCUCGCAGGUGGAGGAAGACGCUUUUCAGGGUCUAACUCACCUAACCACCCUGCUGCUGCAACACAACCAACUGAGAACGCUCAGCGAAGAGGCGCUCAUCCCAAUGCCAAACCUUCACUAUCUGCGUCUCUACGACAAUCCCUGGAAAUGUCUCUGUCCAAUGGAAAGCCUCAUACGCACUCUUCAAGUCCCAAGCAACCGUAACCUGGGAAACCAUGCCAAGUGUGCAGAACCGGUCAGCCUUAAGGACAGGAAGCUGAAGCAGAUUGAUCCCGACUUACUGUGCGAGGAAUUCGGCCCAAACGUCAACGUCACUCAGACUUUGGAGCCCAAUCCGAUCCGCGGCAAAUUAGACGCCACCGCGCUGUGCCACACUUACCUUUUCCCCGUCACAUGGAUGGACUGCAGGAGCCGAGGUCUAACUGAGGUGCCUCCAGGUAUUCCAGACAAUGUUGUUCGGGUCGAUCUGUCCCUCAAUAAAAUCCAUCAUCUCAAACCCAGAGAUUUCCACGGAGCAAAAAGCCUCAGAAUCCUAAACCUCAGCAGCAACGACAUGCAGCGGAUCGACACAGGUUCCCUGUCUGGUCUUUUACACCUUCAGGAGCUGGACCUGUCAUCCAACAGGCUGCAUUUUGUUCAGUAUGGAGUUCUGGAAGAUUUGUACUUUUUGUCCAAGCUCAAACUAGGAGGAAACCCUUGGAUGUGCGACUACAAUAUUCACUACAUGGUUUACUGGCUACGUCUGCAUCCAGGGGUGAAGCACUCUGGCCUGCUGUGCCAAUCUCCUCUAGAAUAUAUUGGGGAGCGAGUGGAGGACUAUGUGCGUUCCUACAACAGAGACUGUCCUAAGGACAGACAGCUCAGCCGACCGGAUCAAAACCAAAGGGACGCCGAGAUCUGGGACUCACCGAUGGAACUACAAGGAGAAAUAGAAGAAGAAGAGUUGGAGCCGAGCCAUCUGAGAGCGCCACAAAAAUACCAGAUCUUCCGACUGGCCUGACUCAAGUGAUUUGUUUUUAAUAAAGACUUUUUUUUUCCCCCCACUUUCGGUCAAUACAGUACAACAGUCUGCAUCAGAUUGCUAUGUUGCAUUUUGAUUUUUCCUUUUCACAGUUUGUCAGCUAAUUCGUAAUAUAAACAGUCCCACUGCAGCUGGUUUGACUUUCGCAUUUUAAACAGCACGGCUUACGUUUGAUCACCUGUGGAUAAUGGCACAAGUAAAAGACAUAAGAAGCCAUAAAUAAAGUAAUUAAAACUCACUGAUA